AUGGGUUUCAUCGGUGUCUACUCGGCCGUGUACGACUACCAGCCACAGGGAGAGGGUGAACUCGAUAUUCGCGAGGGCGACCUCCUCUACAUCUUGGAAAAGAAUACGGAUGAUGACUGGUGGAGGGCGAAAAAGAAGGCUGGGCGGGAAGAUGAGGACGAACCUGAAGGCCUAGUCCCCAAUAACUAUGUCGAAGAGGCGCAACCAUCGCACAGAGCUACAGCCCUCUUCGACUACACGCGACAGACUGACGAGGAGGUUUCUUUCUCAGAAGAUGCCGAGCUGAUGGUGUUCGACACCUCGGAUCCAGAUUGGACGUUGGUUGGAACCAACUCGGAGUAUGGAUUUGCGCCGUCGAAUUACAUCGAAAUCAUCGAGGAUGCCUCCUCUGCAACGACUGCCCCUCCUCUACCUUCUGUUCAAGCCGAGCCUGCCGCGCCGACGCUUCCGCAGCGGCCGACGCAGACUGCCCCGGAAGAAUCCGAGACAUCGCCCGCCGGCUCUCCAGUUGAGAUGUCUCACAAUCCCGCUGCUGCUGCGAUUGCCAGUAUCAUCCACAAGCAGCAUGCCCCUGCGGAAGCACCUACCGAGACGACUAGAGAUGAGCCCCCUCCACCCAGUCUUCCGGUUCGGCCAUCGUACGAUCAAGCAGAAGACCGUGAGGAGUCUCCGCCGCCCAGCCUGCCUCGUCGACCACCUUCGGAACCUGUCUCUCCGCCUAUAGAACAUUACUCGCCUGACCCAACCCCACCACCCCGUCCUCGGCAGGCGGCGCCUGCUAUGGGUCGUGAUGGGACACAUGUCAAAGAAUCUCCCCCUUACAACCGAGCAGGUGAGAUGACGCCUCGGUCACCUUCUGGCUAUCAUAUCUACAACAUCAAUGAGAUGGUUGAAGUUAUGGGCAAGAGAAAGAAGAUGCCAACUACAUUGGGAAUCAACCUGGCGACUGGAAUCAUCUUCAUUUCUCCUGAAGGUGAUGAUCGGCAGAAAGAAUGGAGCGCGGAGAAGCUCACUCAUUACUCGAUUGAAGGAAAACAUGUCUUUGUUGAUCUUGUCCGGCCUAGCAAGAGCAUCGAUUUCCACGCAGGUGCCAAAGACACAGCCCAUGAGAUUGCAGCGGCACUCGGCGAGAUCGCCGGUGCCUACCGGGCAGAAGGAUUGCGUGAGGUCAUUGAGGCAGGGGAAGGUGGCGGUCAAAAGAAGGGACAGAUCCUGUAUGACUUCAUGGCGCAAGGUGAUGAUGAAGUUACAGUAGCUGUGGGGGACGAGGUCAUUGUCCUUGAUGAUACCAAGUCUGAAGAGUGGUGGAUGGUGCGGCGCUUGAAGAACAACAAGGAAGGUGUUGUCCCCAGUAGCUACGUUGAAAUCACAGGAUUGGUACCGAAGGCGCCGCCAAUGCCUAGCGAACCAGGCCUGUCGACUGUGGAAAAGAACCGGAUGGAGGAGAUGAGGCUGUCCAAACUUGCAAUGAGCAAGUCACGGACGGACUCGAUGGAUUCAUCUGACCGUCACAGCAAGAGAGACAGCAAAAUCAAGUCGAAGCCUGAUCCGACUAAAGUGCGAAAGUGGACGGACCGGACCAAGGACUUUACAGUCGAAGCCCAGUUCAUAGGUCUCCAGGAUGGUAAAAUCCAGCUCCACAAGGUCAACGGUAUCAAAAUUGCCGUCCCUGUCUCGAAGAUGUCUGUCGAAGAUCUCGAGCAUGUCGAAAAGAUCGCCGGCGUCUCGUUGGAUGAGGACAAACCUCUUUCAAGUAUCCGACCUCGGGUUGGCAUUAACAAGGAUCCCAAAUCCGGGGCUUCCAAGUCCGGGGCUUCUGUACAACGUUCCGACUACGAUUGGUUUGACUUCUUCCUUAAGGCUGGCGUUGGGCCACAUCGCUGUGAACGAUAUGCACAGUCAUUUAUCAAGGAUUCUAUGGACGAAUCUGUGCUUCCUGACAUUACAUCUGACAUCCUCCAGACUUUGGGUCUAAACCAGGGUGAUACCUUGCGAGCUCGAAACGUCAGUUUCGGCGGUGAGGAAGUCAUUGGCAAUGGUGAGGACGGAGGGCAAGGCGGUCUGUUUUCCGGGCCUGGUGGUGUGCUGCGCAACAACACUCGUAGGGGCAGACCUACACCGAACGUUCAAGCUGGAGAGGUUGAUCCCAAAGCGUUCGGGCAGGGAGACGAACCUAAGUCACCAGAUAGCUCGGCGAGCCCACAACCCCCUGCGGCAGCUGAAAAGCCUGCUGCAGCCGGGUUUGAAGAUGAUGCUUGGGAGGUGAAACAACCGAAACAGCCUGCUAGGCCAUCCGCAGCCACCCCAACUCCUCCACCCGCGGCAGCUCAGGUUCCUCAGCCAACAGGGGCAAUGGCGGAUCUGACUUUGCUCCAAACUCCUUUGCAGCCGACCCCGGCUCAGCCUACUACUCAGCCUACUAGUCAACCUGCCCCGCCUAUGCCUGCCCUACAGCCGCAGGCCACUGCUGUGCAAUCACCAGCUGUACAACAGCCUCAGCAAACAGGUGCCACUCCCAGUUUGUUUGCGCAAGUAGCACAAAUAGGACAGCAUCAACAAGGUUUCAGCCCUCAGCAGACUGGGUUCCAAGCACAGGCCAGGCAACGCCCUCAGGCCCCUCAGGCAAUUGGACAAAAUUCACUUCUGCCUCCACCUCCGCCUCCACAGCGCCCACUGUCCGCGCCUCAGAAUUUCUCGCAACAGCAAAACUCCUUUGGUCCUCCUCCGUUGCAAGCUCAACUGACGGGCAUUCCCCAGGCGGGUCCUCCUGUUGCUCCUCCUGGCCAGAGUCUGAGCGAAAUAAACCAGCAGCGUUACCAACCUGCGAUGCAGCCGCAAGCGACCGGAUUUAUGGGUCAAAACCAAUACCAGAAUGGUUUAAUGCCGCAGCCAACAGCGUUUACUCCCCAGUCACAAUUCGGUAUCCAGCAGCAGCAACAGCAGCAGCCGUUUGGUGGCCAGAUGGCCCCUCAACAAACUGGGUUCCAGGGACUUGGGCCGCAGCCCACAGGCUUUGGUGGAUACGGACAAUUCCAACAACCAAUGCAGACUGGUAUCAACUCUGUUCUUCCUCCUCCACUGCAACCACAACCCACUGGUGCCAAUGGCUACGGCAACCAGUCCUACACAUCCCCGCCCCCUGUGCCGCCAAUUCCACAGCAACCAACAGCCACUCCUCUAUCACCACAGAAGACCGGACCGCCUCCCUCCGUCAGAUUUGGUGUCAAGCCAGAUGGUCCCAAGAAGCUUGAGCCACAGCCAACUGGUCUCAGAGCCAAUCUUUCCCAAGCCACCCCCACUAAUCCGUUCGGCUUCUAA